AUGCAGAUGGCGUGUUUCUUACUGCGUCUGGAACUUUUGCUGUUGGGUUCUUGUCAAGCAAGGGAGUUCCGACUGGGGAUGCUGAGUCCGUUCCGACAUGUCCGACUGGGCUGGGAAAACAACGCCGCCGCAGCAACGCUGGCCAUCGAGAGGGCUCAGGCAGAAGGACUCCUCCCUGGACACAACAUUACCGUAAGGUGGAGGGACGAUGACUGUAGCGCACUAAAGGGGUCAGGCAACACCGUGCUGUUGAGGGAUGAAGAUGACGUUGAUGUCUUCAUAGGACCUCCAUGCUCGAGCUUUGUAAUACUCUGUACUGAAAACACAGCAGAUCGACGGACAAUCCUAAUACACGCAGCACGUGAAGGAAUGAUGGAUGGAACGUAUGUAUUCUUCCUCCCGGAGCAUCUGCCACCACCCAAUGUGCAGACACCGUGGGUUAAGGGAGACGAGCUUGAUGAAGAGGCCAAAGCAGCGUUCACCUCCGUCUUCCAGAUUACAGUGUCUGAGUUGGCGGGUGCCGAAGUCCAGGCAUUCCGGGAUUUAGUGUCUGUAAAGAUGGCUGAGGCACCAUGGUACUACAACUACACCCUUCUUAAUGGCAUCAAGGGUUCUGACUACUCCCCGUUCCUCCACGAUGUCGUAUACCUGUACCUGCUGGUGCUGCAUGAAGCUGUUACCGAGGGAGCAGAUCAUCGGAACGGAACGCUCAUAUUUAACAAAGCCAAAGGGAAAUCAUUCCACGGCAUUACAGGAACAGUGCAGGUGGACAACAACGGUGACCGGGAGCCGGAUUACUGGGUGUGGGACUUACAGCCAGGAGGGCAACAAUUCAGGGUGGCUAUGGAGGCCAGACUGACCACCACGGAUGACCAGAAAAUAAACGUAAUCCAGGACAUCGUGUGGGGAACAAGCAACGGCAAACCUCCCACAGAUGCCCCUGCGUGUGGUUUCUUCGAGGAGCUGUGUCGACAAGAAGACGGAUCAGGUCGGGACAUCAUAAUAACUGUAUCAGUAUUAGUGGUUUCAGUCAUCAUCGUGGCCGUUAUCGUAGCAGUUAUAAUACUCAGACGCUCAAGUCUUGAACGCGAGUUACAACAACGACUGUGGGUGAUUCCAUAUGAUGACAUUACUUUCAGCAAGACUCGCCUGUUGGGCAGUAUAAGUACAAUAAGCAUCAACACUAAUACAUCCUCCCAGAAGCUGGAAACGGGAGGGAUAGGUGAAGGUCAAAUAUUCUCAACGAUCGGGCAUUAUAAAGGCAACACAAUGGCGAUCAGGAAGAUAGAGUACCCAAUCAACGUCUCAACGAUGUCAAGACAAGACAUGCUUGAACUCAAAGCUAUGAAAGAUUUGCGCCACGAGAACGUCAAUGCAUUUAUUGGUCUUUGCCAUGAUGACCGGUUUCCGUGUUGGCUCACGCUCUACUGUUCUAAAGGUAGUCUGCAGGAUAUUAUAGGUAAUGAGGACAUCAAGUUGGAGAGGAUGUUCAAGAUGAGCCUAAUCACUGAUCUGGUGAAUGGUUUAUGCUACAUUCAUUCAUCACCCCUUCGUGACCAUGGCAACCUGAAGAGCAGUAACUGUGUCGUUGACAACCGUUGGGUCCUGAAAGUAACCGAUUUUGGCAUGAAGCACUUACGACGUCCUUCUGACAAGAUUAAUGCUGAGUAUCAACUUUUACAAGGGCUGUUCUGGACAGCCCCAGAGGUCCUUCGUUCUAAAGACGUCAUGGCUCCGGCUCAGCUUCAGAAGGCGGAUGUGUACAGCUUUGGCAUCAUCAUGUACGAGAUUUUACAACGCUGUCAACCUUACGAUACAGAUCGGAGCACACCCAAAGAGAUUAUUGAGAACCUAAGAGCUCCAAGAAAUCCGAUAUUCCGCCCGGAUACUGACAAAAACCAACAGAGCGAGUCUCAGACAAGUGGUGAUAACGUCCCCGAAUCCGCCAUGGUUCUGAUGAAGAAUUGUUGGGAGGAAGUCCCUGAUUCCAGACCCACCUUUACAAGCAUCAAACAGUCGUUGCUUACACUGAACAAGGGAAGGAAGCUGAACAUCGUAGACAAUAUGAUCCUGAUGCUGGAGAAAUACGCCAACAACCUUGAGGAGAUCAUCGAGCAGAGGACGAGCGACCUCGUGGAAGAGAAGAAGAAAUCGGACACGUUGCUCUUCAGGAUGCUGCCGGUUUCAAUAGCAGAAAAACUGAAACGUGGAUCUAAGGUAAAAGCGGAGAUCUUUGAAUCUGUCACUGUGUAUUUCUCUGACAUAGUGGGUUUUACCGAUCUUGCGGCCAGAAGCACACCAAUUCAGGUCGUCGACCUUCUCAAUGACUUGUACACCAUGUUCGACCUCAACAUUAGCCACCACAACGUGUACAAGGUGGAGACCAUCGGAGACGCCUACAUGGUGGUCAGCGGACUCCCAGAUCGAAACGGCAAUCGUCAUGUCUCUGAGAUUGCCAAUAUGGCACUGGACUUGUUACAGUCGAUUGGAAAUUUCAAGGUUGCGCAUUGUCCGGAUUACCAAAUGAAACUGCGGAUUGGACUUCACACUGGUAGUUGUGCUGCAGGGGUGGUCGGCAAAACAAUGCCCAGGUACUGUCUUUUUGGUGAUACGGUUAACAUGGCCUCCAGGAUGGAAUCGAACGGGGAAGCAUUGAAGAUACAUAUGAGUGAGGUGACUGCAAGCUUCCUGCAAGAACUAGAGGGCUACAUCGUUUCUCGACGAGGGGAGAUUGAAAUUAAGGGCAAGGGGCGGCAAACAACAUAUUGGCUCUGUGCCAGAAACAAACACUAA